CUUCCAGCAAACACACACCGUCUCUUGGCGAACAUGGCGGCAACUUGACGGCAGCGAGAUGAAGACGGCGAGGGCUUGAAAAAGACAAGAGGUCUGUUUCCCGGCUGUAGGCCCAAACCGCCGACACAAAGCCACACAGCUUCGCCAUGUUGGAAGACGACAGCAGCCUUGUCCCUGCACGACCGAGGCCGGGGGAAACGUAAACGCGUCGGUGAGUGUUUCUAAAAACGGAGUCGAGGCUGCGCAGAGGAGCGGCGCGGCGCGGAGCUCAGGGCGGGCGGGAGGACAGCGGCUUCACCGGUCAGCCAUGGAGGAUGCGGCCCGUCUGAUUUCCCAGCCGGCCCGUUUUCAUGGGAAUUAGCGCCGUUAGCGGAGAGCAGCCCGGACGAGCCAGCAGCCGACACCUGAGGGGGGGACAGCGCGAAGCGGACCCGACGUCAAUGACUGUUGCGGCAGAGGAGCCCCCACGGUGGAGUCGGCCGGUUCCCGAAAUAUGACCAGGGGUGCUGGGACGUGUUGGCAGCAAGAAGAUGACGACGGCUUCCAAAUCUGGCUAGAGCCCCCCCGAGACAACCAAAAGCCAUUCACCGACUCCGAGAGGGCGCAGAGAUGGCGACUGUCCUUGGCAUCCCUCCUGUUCCUCACCAUCCUCCUCUCUGAUCACCUGUGGUUCUGCGCCGAGGCCAAGCUGGCCCGGACCCGGGACAAGUUCGCCUCCUCCUCCCACCUCCUCCUCUCCCCCCAGACCCACUCAGCACACAGCAGCCUCAGAGGAAACCCAGAUGCUAUUUUUAUAGGAAACUCUACCAAACAUUUGUGGCGCCUCGAAACUUGCCACCGGGACAGUUUGUCUAAAGACUGCUUCACUUUCGCGGACGCCGACCAUUUGUGCAGGGGCCUUUCCGACCGAGAGGGGACGCGGGCUGUAAAUAUGAGCGAUUUGUACCUUUCCUUUUGUAACUCCUACUCCCUGCUGGAUUUGUUCUACGGGUCCACCAGUCCGGACAAUUUGAACUGCAGCCUGGACGUGCUGGGGGACGGGGACACGACCAGGUGCAGCCUGUGCGUCCAGGCGUACCAGCGCUACGACCAGCACGCCCAGGAGAAAUACGAGGACUUUGAGCUCCUGACUCAGAAAUACGAGCCGGCGGGCUACUCGGUGAGGACGUGCAUGGAGCAGUGCAAGACGGCCUAUAAGCCCUGGCUGUGUGCUCAGUAUUUCCCCACCACCCAGCAGUCCUGUCAGAGGAAGGUACCGUGCCACCAGUACUGCCUGGAGGUCCAGCAGAGCUGUCCAUUCAUCCUGCCCGACAACGAUGACCUGAUCCACGGUGGCAGCCCCAGCUUCAUCUGCACAGGGCUCUUGAGGGAUCAUCCGUCAGACAGUGAGGCUCAGUGCUGCGACGUCCGAUGGGACUCCAGAAUGGACAGCCCUUCAGGCGGCACACUAAAAAGAACUGCUUCUUCCUGCCAGCCCGAGGGGGCCUCGGUCACCUCCGCCGCCACCCCGAGACUGUGCAGCGGGCGACUGAAGAUCUGCCUGCUGGCGCUCGUCCUCCUACACACUGUCAUCAUCAUUUCAGCCUCCCAUAAUUCCACAUUGGUUGGCGUGGCUGCCAUUUUCUCACCAGAUGAGAGUGCUUCUAAUGAGGAGUGAACCUUGGGGUUGAAUCAAGGCUGGAGCUUGCAAAGGAAUGAUGUCGCCGGAGCAGGAUUAUGGCAUUUACAGUGUCAUGGCUGCCAGGGACACAUCUGGCGAGACGUGCUGGAAAUGCCUCUAGAAUCUGCCGCUGAUGAACCAUCAACCACAGGAAGUGGGAGGGUUUUAACUGGAGCUAUGGGUGCUGGGAUUGGACAUCGACCAAACCGAGACGUUUGAGAACCACCCCGCUAAAAGAACUGACCUCUUGCCACUUGAAACCUGCUCAUUGUUUCUAUUCCAUCCAAAUGUUUUCUAGCAUAUUGUCCCUACCUCUCCUCCCCUCUCCUCCCUCCCUCCCCUUCCUCCACCCUCCGUUUUCGGUGUGUGUAUGGAUAGCAUGUCAGAGGAAAAACGGACAUCGACGAAGCGUGCACUCUCACUUAUCAUUACCUUCUUUCAGGUGCCAGAAUGUUUUGACAUAUCAACUGUGUUCCACUUCCUCCUCUGUACCACCUCAGAGGCAUCUUCUUCACUGGCGUGUCUGUGAUGUUGCUCGAGGGCCUGCCAGGACCAGCUCAUCCAUCACUCAUGUGGGUCUUGUUUCUCUGAAAACAAAAAUGUCUGUGAUUCUUCUGUGUUCUGAUGUUCAGCUUGUAUUUUUGUCCCCCCCCCCCCAAACCCGGACCUUCUCUCAUCCCCCCUACGACGGUACAUGCCUACACAUUUUAGGACCUUAAGUGCUCUGAGACUGGCUCGCUUCCUCUUCUAACUGGUUAGCCGUUAAGCGAGUUAGGAAGGGCAAAGGUAGUGACGGUUCAGCUCACGACUUAGUCGCCGCGCAAUGCUCCUGAAGUGGUGUUCUCUGGUUUUUUUUUUUUUUUUUGAAGUGUUCAGUUUACCUCAUACGGUGGAGUCGGUGGAGCCACAGCGAGUAUUUAGAGCUGUCAGACAUAAGACUGCAGGGACAACCUAGGGACACUAGAGGACAGCUGCAUGAAGCCAAAACACCAGAGGCCUCAUUUAUCAACGAUACGUAAGCCUGUUCCUACACACACAAUCUGAUUUAUCAGUUCGGUCUUGUAUUUCUGAAUGCGCAUACAUUUACAGCAGGCGUCUGACCACAAAUACCACCAAACGAAACCCCAGUGGGACACUUAGCUGCAGACCCACAAUCCAAUUCUAUUGCCGUGUUGCCAAGUGUUUUCUUCUGGAAAGCAGUGUAGCCUAAUCUCAUUUUCCCCUAGAGUAAAAAUAUACUGUUGAACUAAAAAGACAGACGGAGAUUGGACCUUCUUUACUGUCAGCUGUAAUGCUUUAAUUUCAUGCUAGGUAGCAGGAGUUUGCUAAAAAUACUGGUGACUAUUAGUGGCUACUGUAAUGUUGAGGCAAAAAGUUGAAGCACAAACACAGUUGACAUGUCAAACUCUUCUCAGAUUCCCUCUGAAUUACAUCCUCCUCAUUGUGGAUGUUAUCAACGUUCCCUUCAUUGUACAGGGUGGGCCAUAAGUUUCCAUACAUCGGAAAAAUAAACAUUUUAUGUUGGAUAACCGUUUGUAUUUAUAUAAUGUGCUCUAUAUGAUUAACAUUGUUUUGAAAACACAGAAUACGUGUUUUCCACUGUUGAUGAACUCGCAUUAGCACAGUUGAAGUUAUGCUUGUAAUGGCGUUGGUGAUACGUUCCUUGAGAUGAUUUAUGUCUCGUAUCUUCACGUGGUACACCAUGGCCUUCAAGGGCCCCCACAGAUGGCGUCAAACGCAUCAUCUAGGGUAUCUGAAACAUAAAAAAAUAUACAUUAUACAUUUUCCUAUGGAUGGAAACUUAAGGCCCACCCUGUAGGAUCUCUUGGGCUGCUGUAUCUUAACAGCCAAGUAGCUACCACUGUGUAUAAAAGAUGGACGCAGCCAUGUGGUGCUAUUCCUGGGUUCUGAACUUCCAUCCUGAAGACUUGACUUUGGAAUUUAGCCGUCAUCAUCUUGCCCAUUUGAAAGUAGACCUAACAUAAAAAGAGAGAUGGAUCGGACUCAGAACUCAAGGACACUACAUACUGCGAUACAGCACAGCUCUGCCCUAAAACACACUCUAAAUGGGCUAUAAUGUACAAAAUGAACAUUACGCUAUAUUGGAGUUGACUUGAAACUAACAAUUGGGACCAUAAACUCAUGAGGAACAUAUUUACUGAGGUAACAGAUCCAGGAAGAAGUAGGGCCAUUUUCUCAAGGACGACAAUAUGAUAGGCGUUUUUCCUCUGGCACCUACUCGGCUCGACUCUACUCGACUCGAUUUAGGUCGUUUUCCAUUACAACUGAGUACCACCUCAUUGUGGGUGGAGUCAUCAAGCACGGCGUCCCGGAAGUCCCUUAACGUCAUUUGUGUGCGACACAAACGCAACCCAACAAUGGAGGACAUCGAGGCGAUGCUAUACCUGCUGAUGGGUCUAUUUUGCCAAGUUUUUUAAAGAGCAAUGCACACCGUCGCAGUUUUUUGAAAAAAAUGGCGGGUUUGGUUUUCGUGAAGGAGUUGCUCUCGUGUGUCAUCACUGCUUGUCCAAUCAGUGGCCUGCACUCUGUAAACGUCACAUUAUUGGCUCGACUCGGCUCGCAUGGAACCCUGACCGAGUAGGUACUACAAUAGAACCUGGGACCAGGUACUACGUCCUAUUGGAAAACCUCACAAACCGAGUAGAGUCCAGUCGAGCCGAGUAGGUGCUAGUGGAAAAGCGCUAUAUGUGACUUCUUUUUGUACCCAGAGGAGGCACCCCCUGCUGGUUGUUAGAGAGAAUGCAGGAGAAUGGAGGUUAUGUCCAUCUUUUAUACACAGUUUGUGGUUUGCAGUAGCAGCUUUUUAAAGGUGCAGUGUGUAGGACUAAGUGGUCUCCAGCUGUGAGGUUGCAAAAACGCAAAAUGCUCUCUUUGGAGUCAGGUUUGUCCAUUCUGGGCUACUGUAGAAACACGAUGGUUCAACAUGGAACUCCACUGAAGAACACCCACUCCCUCUGUCGAUAUAAAGGGCUCAAUCUUAGCUGUUCUUAUUUUCAGGUGAUUAUACACUAAUGAAAACCUGAAUGUGAAUAUUAUAUUUCAAUUCUGCUAAUAGACGCAUCUAAUUCCGGCACACCGAUCCUUUAACAAUGCUGCAGAAAAUGCUAGACUACUUCACCUAUCAGGGACACUCAGCGCAAACCCGAAAGUUCAUGAACCUUCAAAAGUAUUACCCAUUCAACAGUGAGUUCUUUUGGGGUUAAACUAUCUCCCCCUUAUUUAUUCUAGACAUGGUUCCUCCUGUGGAAACACAGGCAGGAGAUCAGUUCCUCAGAAGGUUCCUGUCUCCGAGGGUAAGUUCCUGCUGUGGCGACACAUCUUGAGCUUGAUAAAUGAGGCCCCUGAUCUUUGAGUGCCUCUCUGUUGCGUAAACCAGUGAGGCGGAUGCCGGUAGUGGAGCAAUAUAAAAGAAAACAACCAGGGUUAGUGUCCUACUUUGUGGCAUCUUCACUACUGAUGGCUUGGCUUCUCAGUAUCACAGCUGCUGCAAGUGACCAGCCGGCGAACCAAUCAAUCAAUCAAUCAAACCGGUGACUCUUGAAUCACCCUUAGAUGAGCUGAUCAACCGCUGUCUCUCACAGACUAGCAAAGGGCUGUGUUAGCAUCAGCGUGCGAGGAGUGUGAGGAGUUUUCAAGGGCUGAUCCAUCUGAUUUUCUCUGUUUUUAUUUUUCUCUGCAUUUUGCAUGGCUGCUGCUAGUAAAGUGCACAUUGACACGAGGACGGCACUCGCAGGGAUUAGGAAGACUUUGAUGUUCCCCUUUUCAGCUAGAGAUUGGACAGAAAAAAGAGAUUAAUCCAAAGCUACAACUUGAUACCAUGAGCAACUAGUGACAUACCAAAAAGUAAAGCUGAGGAUGGAGAAUCUUAUUCCUGAAGCAGUUUUUUGUUCCUCUAAUGAUCGGCUAAAGACAGACUGAAGUUUUAACUGCAUCCAAAUUGUUCUGGCUGUGAAAACAUGGUAUCGCCGCCUCUCCCACCGUCCCCAUUAACAGCUUGACCUUACCUCGCCUCGCAUCACAUAACGGCCAUCGAUUAGCUCUUCGCUCACACAGCAUCAGAAUGGGAUGUCACAUGAAAGUCAAGUCCACGUUUGCCUCUGGAUGUUCACGAUGCGGUGCACAGACUUUAGCCCCCCAGCCCCAGUUCACCCUCUUUUUGCUCGAUUGUGGGACGUGUCGUUCCAUUCGUUUUGUUUUUUCUUUAAUCCUUGACUAAAUCUGUUGAUGACAUUCCCUUGAAGACAGCAGCAGAUGUAAUAGGCCCACACUUUGUGCUCCGUCCCUUUGAUCUCUAGCUGUUCACGAUCUGAGUCCUGUGGAUCUAUGCAGAUGAACCAUCCCGAACCCAAAUCAAACCCGCCCAGCUUCCACCUCCACCACCGCUCCCCUUGUCCUUUCUGUUGUAAAUAUGUCCUGAGGAUCUGAAACUGUCCCUUCCCACCUUCCCCGACCUCCCCGACCCCCCCACUGUUGGAAUCUCACUGUGUUUUCUGUUCGCCUCCUUGGUUUUUGUCUGUUUUUUGAGAUUUUUGCCGCAUUUUUCUGUUGUCUAAAGCAGUGGUGUGAGUUGAUGAGUAGGACUAAGUUGGAUGUUAAAAAGACGAGAUGAAGAGGUCUUGAGAAAAAUAUACAAAAAAAAAUGAAGCUUGAAUUGAGAAAAGGGUUCAAAUAUAGAGAAAAAAAUUAUGAUAAAGUUGUCAUAUUGUCAUACUAGAGAUGCUUUAGUUUGCUAAUUUACUUUCUUUUUUUUCUACAAAAGACUUGGAUGAAAUUAUUUAUAAAAUGCGUCCCACGAGUCAUGAUCUUUUUUGGACGUAAAACAAAUACAUUUAUUAACAUUUUGUUCAAAAGAAAAUAAAUAUAAAUUAUGUUAAACAUUA